AUGGCACGUCAAUUCUUUGUCGGUGGUAACUUCAAGAUGAAUGGCACGAUCGGUGGCAUUAAAGACAUCGUGAAGCACCUCAGCGAAGCCAAAGUCGACCCCAACACCGAAGUCGUCAUCUCCCCUCCGUCGCUCUACCUUCUCCUCACCCGCGAGAACCUCCGAUCCGGCAUUGAGGUUGCAGCACAGAACGUCUUCGACAAGCCGAACGGUGCCUUCACUGGUGAGAUUUCCGUCAGCCAGCUCAAGGACAGCGGUAUCACCUGGACCAUCCUCGGCCACAGCGAGCGCCGCACAAUCCUUCAAGAGAAGGAUGACUUCGUUGCCUCCAAGACCAAGGUCGCAUUGGAGGGUGGCAUCAGCGUAAUUCUGUGCAUCGGAGAGUCACUCGAGCAGCGUGAGGUUGGCAAGACCAACGAGGUCGUUCUUUCGCAGCUUGCGGCCGUAGCCAAGGAGGUCAAGGACUGGAGCAAGAUUGUCAUUGCCUACGAGCCCAUCUGGGCCAUUGGUACCGGCAAGGUCGCGACGACGGAACAAGCGCAGGAGGUUCACGCCGCGAUUCGUGAGUGGCUCGGCAAAGAGCUCGGCCAGGACGUUGCAGACAAGACGAGAAUCAUCUACGGUGGCAGUGUCAGCGAGAAGAACUGCCGCGACCUGGCCAAGGAGAAGGACAUCGACGGCUUCUUGGUUGGCGGUGCCAGCUUGAAGCCUGCAUUUGUCGACAUUAUCAACGCUAAGCAGUAA